UUGUUAAUAACAAAAUAGUCGAAAUAUUACAGUCGCGAGCGUGUGGUCGCUGCAACGUGAAUUUUCAAGAAAAUUUUGCUUAAAAAAAUUUUAUCAAAAUAAAUCGCGUUUAACCGAACUCAAUAUAGAGGAGGGCUACCGUGUGACGCCGUGCUUGUAAUAUGAAAUAAACAAGUGGGGAAAAUACGCCUAUGUCUACGCAGCCAAACGCAUUUUACACGUACAGUGGUGGCGAAAGUGUAUGCAAAGUGGCAAAGCAAGAAAAUAAGUACAUUAUAACUAUAGUGAAGAAUGUGCAUUCUAAAAAAAGUACAUAAAAUGAAAAUAAGUGUAUAAAUAAAUAUGACUGUGAACUUGUGUGUGAAAGAGUGUCGAAAACUCAAAGGAAAUACACAAUAAGUAUAAGAAGAAAAGCAACAAAGAAAAGAAAUGACUUUAAGUCCCAAAUCACCCGUAUAUGAAGACUGGAAAGUUUCACCAUUACCACUUAAUUUUGAUGUAUAUCUAUUCAAUUGGACGAAUCCGGAAGACUUUUACGUUGGGUCCGGCAAGAAGCCACGUUUCGAGGAGUUAGGCCCAUAUCGGUUUCGAGAAAAACCAGAUAAGGUAGAUAUGGUUUGGCAUGAGAACAAUAAUACUGUAUCAUAUCGUAAAUAUGCUGCAUUCUAUUUCGAUGAAGCGAAUAGUAAGGGAAAACUCACUGAUCGCGUAACCUCAGUAAAUACAGUGGCGCAUGGUGCCGCUUUACAAGCCAUUAAUGGCUCAUACUUUCAAAAGAGUAUAUUGAGAAAUGUUUUAAAAGUGUACAGAGAAGAAGUAUCAAUUACAAAAACUGCAAAUGAAUGGAUAUUUGCCGGUUAUAGUGAUCCAUUAGUUACAAUGGGCAAUUUUGUAUCUAAAUUUUCUGCAGAUUUUGUGGUGCCAUUCGAUCGAGUAGGCUGGUUAUAUACGCGCAACGACAGUUCAGUAUAUGACGGUCACUUUAAUAUACAUACCGGCGCAGAUGAUCUGCGAAAAAUUGGACAAAUUAACGAAUGGAAUCACAAAACACAAACCGUUUAUGAAGGUGAAUGUGGUCGUGUUAGAGGUUCAAUGGGAGAAUUCUUCCCACCAAAUACUGUACCUACAGACUCGAUAGAAAUAUUUUUGCAGAAUUUAUGCCGUGCGGUGCCUUUGGAUUAUAUUGAGACGGUGAAAAUUCACGGAGUCACCGCGUUCAAAUAUGCCGCUACUGAAAGGGCGCUUGACAAUGGUACUUUAUAUCCAGAAAUGAAAUGUUUUUGCGUAAAUGGAAAAUGUGAAAAAGCUGGUGUAAUGAAUUUAGCACCCUGCCAAUAUAACUCGCCUACGUAUACAUCAUUUCCACAUUUCUACAAAGCCGAUCCUAGUUAUUUGGAAGCAGUCGAGGGACUGUCACCUGAUCCCUUAAAGCAUGAAUUCUUCAUGACGUUGGAACCGAAUGCUGGUCUGCCCAUGGACGUGGGCGGUGGCUUCCAGGCGAACUAUCUCAUGUCGCCCGUACCUGGAAUGGCUCCAUUCGACAAAAUUCCACGUACAUUUAUACCGCUCAUGUGGGCCGAAGAGCGCGUACGUGUUACACCAGAUAUCGCCAGGAAAAUCGCUUUGGUACCAUUAAUGAUGACACUAGGUCAAGUGUUGACCGGCAUUAUGCUUGCCGUCGGUACAUUGCUCAUUUGUUGGUAUCCAACAAAAUAUAUGUCACAACUCUGUCGCGAUCCGAAGAGUAAAAACGCGCUACUCAAUCCCAUUGUCAAUGGCACAACGCGUUCGAUAGCGCUAACGCCGCUAAGAAAGCCACAGAAGGAAGUUGUGUCGCUGUUGGGCUACAACCAAGGUAGUGAAGUGCUACAAAACGAUGUGCCGUUAAGCGAAAGCUUACUGCGACCCGCAACACCGCGUGCUGAUGUGAUAAGUAGAUAGUAUGUGUUAUGUUUGUUAGUAGAUUCCAUAUGUAGUAGUUUUUUUUUCUUCAAAUGCUCCUUAUGUGAGCGCCUGCCAUUGUUGAAUGCAACUAGGAGACCAAGCAAGUAUAGCUUAAGUUUCUAAGAAUGCAACUCUACUUACGUUAACUAUAUAUAUGUAUAUGUAUGUAUGUAAAUAAUGAAAUGCAACCUCAAAAACAGUAAUUAAAGUAAUUUCUAGCAUAUAGACGUUAUUCAUAUGAAAAGUUUAUAUAAAAUAAUUUUUUCCAACAUUGUCAUAGUCACUUCCGCAAUGGUAUCCAUGUAAUCAAAUGACAUUUGUAUAACAAAAUAAUUAAAAUCAAAUAACAAACACAGCCCAAAAUGACAAUUUAGUGCUUGAAGCCACGGAAAAUAUAAAUCCAUAUACCUAUUGUAUUGCUUUAUAAUUAAUUUGCAAUUUCUUCAAAAACCCUUACGACUCUAAAUUAAUGUAUCUGCAUACCUACAUUGUUAAUUUAUAAAACAAAAAAUAAUUUAUUGGUAUUAAAAAUUAAAAUAGUUUAUUAUCACUUUUCAUGCUCCCUUAUACCUUAAGCAUUAUGUCUUCAUACAAUAAAUGCAUACAAAUCUACAUAUUCACAUAUAUGUGAAGCAGUAACUCUCUUCUCUAGUUUGUAAGGCUCAAAAUCAAAAAGUAUUUUCACUUCAAACACAAAUUGUGUGCCCUUUCUUGAAAUUAAAAACAAAAAGAAAGAAAAACAAAUUAUAUUAAGUACAAAGCUGGUCUUUUUUAAUAUUUUCCAGUAUACCGUUAAUGCAAAGCUUUAAAAGCAAGCACGACAAAAUGUGAGAAAGUAACUGGAACAGCAAAACGUGAUAGGGUGAAAACUUUCCCGUAUAAAAAACCAAAAUAUGAAAUCGAUUAAUGUAAUGAAGUAUUUAUUAUGUCAAUAAAAUGUAAAAUGAAAAUUGUAAUAUAAA